AUGUCAUUAGCGAAUUCACUAACGCACUACGAAAUCUUAAGAAUCCCAUCAGAUGCUUCACAAGAAGAAAUUAAAAAAGCAUAUAGGGACCGUCUUCUGAAUACGCAUCCUGACAAGCUUACUAAGAGUGAAAAUAACAGAGUAAAUACCGUUACGAUAAAUAAAAUACAAGACGCUUAUAGAAUAUUAUCAAAUAAUCAAACACGUGUUGAAUAUGACAAGAUGAUCCUUGAGAACUAUAAAAAGCAAGGAUUUCAUAAUUGUGGUGACGGGCUAGACGAGUUUUCACUGGACGAUUUCUCAUUUGAUGACGAAAAGCUCGAGUUUAUGAUGAAUUGUCCUCGUUGCCAAUUUGCCAACGGGUUCCACUUCAACGAAAAUCUCCUAGACGAAUGCAUUGAUAACGUAAACAUCAUUGAACAGAGCCAUGAUGGAUAUCAAUUGUUAACCCAAUGUAGUGCGUGCAGUUUAUGGCUAAAAGUUAAUUUUGAUGUCGAGGAAGAGUGA